AUGACGAAGGGAUCUCGCAAGAGAGUCAAGCCUAGCCCCUCCGGCGAGGACUCGCCGACUCCAGCGCCUAGUGAUGUUCGAGAUCGUUCUGACUCCCAGUCGAGAGGGCAUAAUGCAAGCUGGUAUCCCGGGUCCUGGUCAUCCGUUGCCAGAGUCUCCAAAGCGGCCCCGGUUACCGAGGUUGCCCGUGAGAGCAUUUCGGCAGCGAGAAAUGUAGCUUCGAGCUUCACAGCCUCGUCGACUUCUCUCCUUGAUACUCCCAAUAAGAUUCGACAUCCUUCCCUUCAACUCACAAGAAAAGCGGGUGCCUCGGCCAGAUCUCUCCCCGCUGAUGCUACUACAACCCGUGUCAACAUUGCAUCAGAUGGUUCGGCCUCCACUCCAACCAUCGAUAAUACCGGAGAACCUAGUGCUUCAGGGACAGUAACACCCGAUAAAGAAGCGUUUGGCGAGAACGAUACUAAGCCACCGGAAGAGCCCGCCAAGGAACAGGACGCGACCCCUAACGCCGAUCCUAACACGUUGCAUGCAGGAUAUACUGAGGGCCCCGAACAGUACACUGGUGGCUGGCUCUCAUGGAUAUACGGUCCAGCAAAUACAUCCAACAGUGCCGCGACUGCAACAGAACCUACAGGGCCUACAAAACGUGCCGCGGAACCCGAGACAGAGCAGGCAGAAAGUCAGUCUGCUGUGAACGACGUCGUAGCCGAAGAGGAACCAACAGAACCGGAGCCAGAGCAGACGAAGGAUACUCUAGAAGUCACUCCAUCGGCGCAGAAGCGAUCUUGGCUUCAGAUGUGGUACGGUUCUGACGCGCCCAGCAAGCAAGAAGAGACAUCAGCUUCAGAGCCCACAGUGCCUUCGACGAAUGCCGAAUCCACCGAGACUGCCGAAAUUGAUAUGACACCAAAGGAUCCCCCUGAUGAGGCAAGAGAGCCUGCUGGAGGAUCACAGACCCCGGUUAGGACUACUAAAUCAUCUGGCUGGUCAUUCUGGUCCAAGGAUCUGACAAGGGACGGACACUCGGACAAACCGCAGCAAGGCGAAGCAGUUGAAGCAUCGGUUGAACCACAAACCCCAUCCAAGCCUGCAACUCUUGACCCAGAACCAGAAACAAAUGUGAAGAUCACCCAAAAGGGCAGCAUCAAAGUAAAGCCUCCCAAAGACAACCGUGCCAAAGAUGGACCUGUACCUACAAUCGAAACCACCUCCACAACCUCAUCACAAGCUGAGCCUCAACCAUCCGAUACCGCCGCCUCAAAGCAAUUACAGAAAAUUCUCCCCAACCAGGUAUUGCCACGUUUCGAAGAAACAUACUCAUUUGAGGAGUCGCCUUCUCUCUUCCAGAGUCUAGGUCGAUUCCUUCAUUAUGGAAAAGGUCCAGAACUCAAACAUGUUAGCAGGGUCAAGGACCCGCUGCAUGUCAAACGCGCUCUGGCUAUUGGUGUCCAUGGAUAUUUCCCAGCUCCGUUCAUUCGGAGUGUUCUCGGACAACCCACAGGUACAUCAAUCCGGUUCUCUAAUAUGGCCGCGGAUGCCAUUCGCAAGUACACAGAAAGCCAUGGCUAUUCUUGCAAUAUUGAAAAGAUCGCCUUGGAAGGAGAAGGCCGCAUAACAGAGCGGGUAGACCUACUCUGGAAGCUGCUCCUAAACUGGAUGGAGGAAAUCCGCAGAGCAGAUUUCAUUAUGGUUGCUUGUCACAGUCAAGGAGUACCAGUGGCGAUUAUGCUGGUUGCGAAGCUGAUCCAGUUUGGCUGCCUUGACGCUAAAAGAGUCGGGAUUUGCGCUAUGGCUGGUGUAAACCUCGGUCCCUUCCCUGAUUACAGAUCUCGCUGGAUCAGCGGCUCGGCAGGAGAGCUGUUCGAGUUUGCACUCCCUUUCAGCAAUGUCUCGAAGGCGUAUGAGGCAGCUCUUAAGUGUGCUCUUGACUUUGGUGUUCGAAUUUCUUACAUCGGCAGUAUUGACGAUCAACUCGUUUCUCUGGAGUCCUCUCUCUUUUCACCCAUAGCGCACCCUUACGUCUACCGCGCCGUGUUCGUAGAUGGCCGCGUCCAUGCCCCAAGUUUCCUCUCCCACUUAGUCGGCUUCGCCCUCAAACUCCGAAACCUGGGCAUAUCAGACCACGGCCUAAUCCGCGAACUAAGCGCCCCACUAGCAGGAAGUCUCUAUACCGGAGAAGGCCAUUCUCGCCUGUACGAUGACGAAACUGUGUAUUCCAUGGCCAUCGAAUUCGCCCUGGAAACAUCCUCCGUCCCAGAUUCAACAAUAAGCAUCAAACGAGCCAGCGGCUCCAUCACUCCAAAUCCAUAUAUCCUUCCCUUCGCCAUGCGCGGUCUUUUAGAAGAAGAAUACGUGCGCCGCGAAUUGCACGACGAAACGAUGGAGUUACUUCGGCAGUUUGAUGACUGGAAACCUUCCAGUAAGGUGUUGAAGGAUGUCAAGUUCCGGCUUGAGGGGAUCCGGUCUAAAUUGUAG